AUGGCUGAACCUUUGGUGGGGAAUGUGAACCAGCCGCCGAAGACUGAGGCGGGUGGGCCGAGCCAGCCGGUUCCUGAGGCUAUGAGAUGUGGGCUAAAUGGAAAGAAGCCUGAAAUAGUGGGUUCCUCAUCAUCAAUGGCAGAAGAUAACCAAGUGGUGGUGACAGUUGAGAAUGAGGAGGAAGAUGAGAAUGCACCACUGAUAGGGAUGGGGGAGUGCCGGAUUUGCCAGGAGGAGGGCGGUCAUGUUGCGGUGGUUGUGGUCCCUUAUUCGAGGCCCGAGCAAAUCAAUCGUCCAACAGUUGAGAUCAGUACGUACAACAAUAUUAGUUACCUAUCGACAGUAGUCUCGAGACUAAACGAAAUUGGCGGUUUUGCACUGGAGAAUACGUUCAGGCAUGGGUGCUUUGGGAUGAUGUUGGAUUGGCAGCCGGGCCAGAAGUGCAAUGCUGCAUUGCACCAUAUUGUCUCUCGAUUGUCCUUUGGGGAUGAUCCUUUUGACCCCGAGGCUGAGCACGAUCUAAGUCGGGCUCAUACAUUUAGACAAUUUUGCCGCUCUCAGCCGGUGUCAGUGCGGGACCUGGCGGAUAUAUAUUUCGACACCGUCAAUCCAGUGGUUGACACCGACGGCGGGUUGUACCUCCGUGUGGCCCACUUGUUGGUGCUACACGCAUUUGUAUUAGGAGUGGACGUGCGCCGACCCGUGCAGUCCUGGACUUGGAAGCUGGUGGAUGAUUUGCCGGCCUUUUCCAGAUUUCCUUGGGGAUCGUGCGCGUAUAGAAGCUUGAACUACAGGUUGAAGCACAGCACAAUCAAACAGGAUUGUAAAAAGUAUCACUUCUACGGUCCUUCUUGGGCCCUAUUCAUUUGGGGUCUUGAGAAAAUUCCCUAUUUGGGCCCAGCCAUAGCAAUAUGCAAUGCGGGGGUUUACCCUAGAUUUCGGAGGUGGACGUUCGUGAAGACCAAGUUGGAUGGGUUACAGAGUUAUUUUGAGUCUCCGGAGAACGGGAUAUGGGAGAUGGUCCCCGAUGAGUACGAGGCCAAGACAUCUUACUGGCUAUCGGUGGCAGGCGUCAAUGCCGGGAUAGGGGUUCGAGUACCAGAGCCGGCAGUCUUUGGUCAUAGGCAGCCUCGGCAGCGCUACACUGGUGGGGACCACAACGAGGAUGCUCCUGAGCAUCAACCUCGGCGUCGCAGUAUGAGACAGGAUACUGGCAAGCGCCCGAGGGGACAAAUAGUGGACACCUCAUCGAGCAGCAGCCAUCACGAUCAGAGCAUUGGGGGCGAUCACCCCGUUGAUUCUGGUCGAAGGUCUCACAGUCACAGAGCCCCGAGGCCUAGGCACGAGGAUGCUCCUGCACCUUCACAAUGGAGCGAGGAGGAUUGGCAGCGCAUGCAGCACAUGAUGCGCGAGAGUGAGGAACGGGUAGCGAGGACCGUGGAGGACAGCCUGUUCAGGAGGAUUAAGAGAUAUUUCGAGGACACGUUGGAUGCUAUGCGUUGCCGAUGCUCGCAUAGCACUGAUGUUCACGUGCCCAGACCUGCUCCACGAUCUCACUCUGACAGGAGACGCGAGCCCCAGCCCGACUCCGAUCCGGCGCAGCCUACAUCCUCAGAGGCCCCAUCGCAUCACCAAUCCCCUGCACAUGAGUCUCCUGCACGAGAGGUGGGACAGACUACUGGUGAUGCCAUGCACACCCCGCAGUGGCAGCAUGAUCCGUUUGGUGGCCCGACUAGUUUUGGGCAUGUGCAGACUCCGCACAUGGGUGUCCACCACAUGCCCACAUUCGAGGCGUCCAGUUCUUAUGGUGGGCCACGCUACUCGUGGGCUGAGCCGGGCACGAGUUCAGCAUACCCUUUUGAGCCGGCCCGUUCUUCGGCUCCGAUCCUGACUCAAGAUGAGAUGCACGAGUAUUGGAAGCAGUUUAGAGGGGGAGUUUCUGAGGCAGUUUCUGAGGCAGUAGCUGCUGUUCCCCUCAGUAUUUGUGCACCGGAGGCUCCACGCAGAAGUCGCCGAGAACGGAACCCGUCGGCUGCACUUCGAUCACCAUACGUGCACAGCGCCGUGCCGAGACCCGUCGACUCACAGUAUGUUGACGGGUUUGACCGUAUGAUGAAAGCUGGCAACCGUGGCAACUACCGGACGAUGUCGAUGGCAGAGAGCGAACACCCUCUCCCGUUUAGCUUUUGGACCACUAUGCAAAACACGAGGACUGACCUCUCGUCCAAUGCUGUUGAUUGCUACAUGAUGACGAUGAGAUCGAGGUUGAUGAGGGGUGAUGACUUGAUAGACGGUGUUGAUGCGAGGACCACCAUCGUAUUGGAUACAGAGUUAUUCAAAUAUUUCGAUGAUGAAUUCACGCAGUUGAAGUCAGCGUGGCGGGAAAUGUUUCCCGCGAAGGCAGAAGGGCGGUUUAUAUAUUCCGACGGAGUUUUUGCUACGUGGCAACCGCAUUCCAAGAAGAUGUAUAUGGUGCAUGGGCAGGGGGUAUCUUCGACUCAUGGCGAUUGGAUGAAUGCCACAACGCUCAUUUUGCCUAUACAUGUGUGUGGACGUUACAUUACAUGCCGAGUGGAUUUGCUGAGUGGAGUUUGCGACAUCUUCGAUUCGCAGUUGUUCAAGACCAUGCCGCAGCCGCGCUUCGAUGUGAUCGCCGCCCUAUAUCCGCUGCAGUGCCUGUUGGGUAAGAUGCUUGAAGUGUCCCAGUGGUUCGCAAGGACCACGAUUGUCGACAACCCGUUGGAAAACCUCCAAUGGCGAAGGUUGACAAUCCAAUAUGCCGACGAGAAUGAGCAGUUUCAGCAGCCAGAUCAAUGCAGCUCCGGUGUUUUUGCGUGCAUGUAUGUGGAGCGUCUGAUAUCAGGCUCGCCGAGCCUUGCGUGGGGCAAUGGGCACGCCGCCGACUAUAGGCGCAAGAUAGGCAGUAGCAUCUACGAGUUUUACAUCCCCGCAUCGAAAUAG